AUGGUGCCUCGUCGGUCUACGGCCAGAGCGUCAACAGCCACGCCAGUACGCGCAUCCUCACCAGCAAAGCGAUCAACUCGUGCAGGCAGCGCCCAAUCACCGGAGAGUUCCAUCCCGCGUCGAUCCACUCGUGGGCACUCAAAACAAGCGAGCAUCGCAGAUGGCGCUGUGAACAAUCCGAGGCUGCCUGAGGUGCAAAUCCAGCAGUCUUAUGCCUAUGGAUCGAGCAAGACUCCCGUUUUACCGACCCAGUUGGUCGCGCGAAGUCGGAUGAACUUGACGGAGAUGGCGGAAACGAUCGAUGCCGGGGUCGAACAAGCGCAGCAGCAUCUCCAAAAUCAUAUCGAAGAAACGCAUGCAAAUCUGCAGAAGGACCCUCGCGCUGAAAGGGCUCGGCGGAGAGCUUCUCGCGAAAACUCGCGGGAAGCCUCGGUGGCGAGCGAGGAUGCCGAGCGACAGCGGUCACAGCGAGUAGCAGCAUGGGCCAGUUCUUUAGAUGAUAACCGACUAAAUGAAAUACCAGAAGAAGGUCAAGAAGCAGGGGACUCUGCAAUCGCCCCCGAGGGGUCUUGGGUCGUCAAUGAUGGUUCCUCUGACGACGAUGACACGAAUAAGGAAACAGACAGGGGAACAGACCCCUCCAGCUUUCCCAGUGGAAUAUUUGAUCACAGCUACAAUUAUGAGCGGGGCAUCCGGAAACCCCAGGUCACGAUACGAGAACGACAAGAGCCACGGUUUCGAAAGGCCUGGAACAAUAUCAAAGAUGCUAUGCUCCAAACGUGGCAGACCUCCUUGGAAAUUUUGUCUUCGACGUGGCACAGGUCCAUACGGUCAUUACGUGCCAGCAGCAGAGCGAUCAGAGAUCUCUCAAAUCUACUUCUUGUUCCCAUGAUGAGUAUUGUUCUCGCGUCACUGUUUAUCGGUGGAGUAAGCUUUCUACUAUGUUACACCUACACUAAUUUUAUUUGCGACCCUCUAUCAACUUCGCCUACAGCGUUAACUCUUCAGAAAGUCUGCGGCACAUGUACGCGGAGCCCGAGCAUAGCGUCUGUCAACCUGACAGCCGGCAGUGGGAACGAUUUGUCAAAGCUCUCAGCCGCAAUAAACCACAUCAACCAACAACUUCGGAUUCUCGAGACUCGACUGACGGACAAGCUCGACUCACAGUCUGCGGCAAUGGCUCAAGACAUUGAAACCCUCAAAAAACAGCAUUUAGAGUUGUCCAGCCACAUGGCUGGGCUGGGACCGGGAGGCAGAACGGGAUCUUUGUCCACCAACGUGCCCUCUCCAGUCAUUCCGAAAGUCAACUACUUUGCCCCCAACAAUGGAGCCUUGGUGGAGCCACGAUUGACUUCGCCGACCAUGCAGAAGCCGCUGGCACUCGCACACCGAGUGCUGCUCCGAGUGUUCCUGUCGACGCGGUAUGUGACCAAGCCACCCAUCACAGCUCUUACUCCGUGGCAAGAUGUGGGGGACUGUUGGUGCGCCUCGGCUGUUCGAAGCGUCGGGCCCCGGCACGAGGACGACGUGAUGAGACUCGGCGUGAGAGUGACGGAGAUGAUCUAUCCCACCGAAGUGGUCCUGGAGAACUACCCCAGCGCCGGUUCGUUAUCGCCCGGGUCGACGCCCAAAAAGCUCGAGCUGUGGGCCGAUUUCGAACAGCUGGACAGUCUGGCGUGGGAAAAGCUGAACAUCAGGGCGAUGCAGGGGGUGACGGGCAGUCCUUUCGGCCCUGCCUACGCCCUGAUUGGGAAGAUGGAAUACGACGCCUCCAGCGAAGCAAGCCACGUCCAAACCUUCCCACUGGAUGUGAACCAGGGCUCGUUGGCGUACGCGGCGCAGAAUUUCGUGGUGAGGGUGACUGAAAACUAUGGCGCCGAGUAUGCUUGUUUAUAUCGGGUGAGGCUGCAUGGCGUUCCAGUUUUUGGGAGUGAACGGGACAACUCAGAAGGCUAG